AUGGAUACCAGUAUCCCACUUCGCAACCAUACUCCGGCUUCCUUGCGCCAGAAAAGAGCAAGCCGGGCAUCGAUAGCUAAAUCAGAGGGCGUAAACGAUGACAACUUCAGAAUAAGGAAGGGCAGAGCGAAAUCGAAGGCAAAGGAAACGGCAGAAAAGCUUUUCCAACGCAAGUCUCGAGAGUCUAUCCUCGGGAGUCAAGAGUUGAGCCACGAAGAAAUGCAAAAUACACGAAACUUGCGAGUACAAGGACUCCGGCCAUCCGCUUCCGAAGCUGCAAGAGAGCAACUAGGAGAUGAAGAACAUAGUGCGGAAUACCAACAACAAUCAGGCAUGUUGAUACAGCGAAAUCACCAAAGGCAGCAACAACAGCAACAGCAGCAGCAAGAGUCUAUCCUCGGGGGUCAAGAGCGGAGCCACGAAGAAAUGCAAGAUACACGAAAUUUGCGAGUAGAUGAAUUCUUCUGGCGGCGAAUCGAAAAGGCAAGAGAUGAACGACGUGCACAGGAAUUCCGCCACAUUAAAAAAUCCGUUCUCCAAUCCCUUGAGCAGGAGACGGGACCUCUGAGCGGCUGGCAAGCUGGAGUGCAGAUACAGGAGCGGACUUUAAUAGCCCAAAUAAUUGAAAAUCUCCGACAUGCGCCGAACCCUCCGGACUUGAAUAAAAGGAUUCAGAUCGGUAUCAGAUUCGAGAAAGAAACAUUCCACAAGUCGCCGAACAAAGACCAAUACAGACAUGAAAUGCAGCUGAAGUUGGACCAACUUAGGGUAAGACGGAUCAAAGGUCAAGCCAAUAUGGUGCUGCCUUACCAUCAGCAGUUACAACAACAAGCCCAGGCUCACCUAUUCAUAUCAAAAUUUUCUCGGCCUGUUGAAGAGCCGAAAUGCAAACUAUUCAUGACUUAUACCAUAUCUCAAGAUUUUACUACAGCAGAUGAUUUGCGGUCAAAGGAUCGCCUAUGUGCAAUUAGGACUCGGGAACUGGAGAUUAUGUUGCGAUAG